AUGAUACGAUCAGCGAACUCGAAUCAGAAGUCACCCGAGCUCACCCCACCACUUCUCACCAUCUACGAAAAUUUUAUGCCAAUCCUGACUGCAGACUGGUUCGAAGAACAAGAAGAGAGUCUUAAGAUACGGGCACGCAAGGUUUUGAAGGAUACUCUAGGUUUUCAGGUAGCUACUGAUUGGGAUGGAGCUGAAGCUGCUAUACACAAAUAUAAUCUUAGGCCAUUUUUGGAUUAG